AUGGGAACUCUGAUCAGUGAUUUACGGAAGGGUUUAAUGCUUCCUGAAAUAUCCGCACUUGGGGUGAAUGACCUGGGAGAUUCAGGAGUGAAACUGGUGUCUGCGGCUCUGAGGAACCCGGAGUGUAAAAUACAGAAACUGUGGCUGGAGAGAGUCGGUCUCACAGAUUCUGGGACCGAGGAUCUCGCCUCCGUUCUCAGUACAAAACCAUCCUUGACGGAGCUGAACCUGAGUGGUAAUAAACUGGGAGACUCAGGAGUGAAACUGGUGUCUGCGGCUCUGAGGAACCCGGAGUGUAAAAUACAGAGACUGUGGCUGACCCGUGUCGGUCUCACAGAUUCUGGGGCCGAGGAUCUCGUCUCCGCUCUCAGUACAAACCCAUCACUGACGGGGCUGGACCUGAGUGAUAAUAAACUGGGGGAUUCAGGAGUGAAACUGGUGUCUGCGGCUCUGAGGAACCCGGAGUGUAAAAUACAGAAACUGUGGCUGGAGAGAGUCGGUCUCACAGAUUCUGGGGCCGAGGAUCUCGUCUCCGCUCUCAGUACAAACCCAUCACUGACGGAUCUGAACCUGAGUGAUAAUAAACUGGGAGAUUCAGGAGUGAAACUGGUGUCUGCGGCUCUGAGGAACCCGGAGUGUAAAAUACAGAAACUGGAGCUGGGGGAUGUCGGUCUCACAGAUUCUGGGGCCGAGGAUCUCGCCUCCGCUCUCAGUACAAAACCAUCACUGACGGAGCUGUACCUGAGUAAUAAUAAACUGGGAGAUUCAGGAGUGAAACUGGUGUCUGCGGCUCUGAGGAACCCGGAGUGUAAAAUACAGAAACUGUUGCUGGAGGAUGUCGGUCUCACAGAUUCUGGUGCCGAGGAUCUUGUCUCCGCUCUCAGUACAAACCCAUCACUGACGGAGCUGAACCUGAGAUUAAACUUUCUGACAGACGGAUCUGUCCCCGGUCUCCGCCGCCUCAUACUGACCCUCCCGAGUCUGGAGCGGAUCUGGCUGGAGGGGAAUCGGUUCAGUGAGACCGGGAUGAAGGAACUGAGAUCUCUACAGGGAGUCAGACCCGGACUGAGAGUGUGGACCUGAAUGUGUGAACAUCCCCGCCCGCGGGAUGGAGCCGAUUCCCCCCCUCCCCUUUAACUACCCCUCACCCUCCCCUUUAACUACCCCUCCCCCUCCCCUUCCCCUUUAACUACCCCUCCCCCUCCCCUUUAACUACCCCUCCCCUCCCCUUUAACUACCCCUCCCCCUCCCCUUUAACUACCCCUCACCCUCCCCUUUAACUACCCUUCAACCUCUCCUUUAACUACCCCUCACCCUCCCCUUUAACUACCCCUCACCCUCCCCUUUAACUACCCCUCACCCUCCCCUUUAACUACCCUUCAACCUCUCCUUUAACUACCCCUCACCCUCCCCUUUAACUACCCCUCACCCUCCCCUUUAACUACCCUUCAACCUCUCCUUUAACUACCCCUCACCCUCCCCUUUAACUACCCCUCACCCUCCCCUUUAACACACCCUCCCCUUUGACUACCCCUCACCCUCCCCUUUAACUACCCCUCCCCCUCCCCUUUAACACUCCGCCCUCCCCUUUAACUACCCCUCCCCCUCCCCUUUAACUACCCCUCCCCUUUAACUACCCCUCCCCCUCCCUUUUAACUCCCGCCCUUACCUUUAACGGCCGCGCGCCGGGGCUGAUUCCCAACGGUUUUAACGGAACCGGCCCCGGUCUCGAGCUCGGUGAUCUCGGAAGCGCUCCCGCCGUGACGUAUUUCCGCCCGCUGUCCGGCGGCGCCACUUCCGCCGGAUGUGCGGGUCCGAGACUCUCCCGCGUGCCACCCCGGGGAAUUCCCCGGACGGGAGGAGCCCGGGGGGCCGGGGCUCAGUCUGGGACACCGGUGUCCCGGGAGAGAAUCCUUUUGCCCCCUCUGCUGAGGACGGGGCAUUCGGCUGUCUGGCCGAUAUAAUGGUGUUAAAUUGACAAAUACCUCGGCGAUGACCCUGGAUCCGCAGCGAUCCCGGACACGGCCCCGGAGUGUGAUUGGAUGCAGAGUGACGGGGAGGAACGGGACUGAUUAAUCUACCGGUCACCCGUUGUCGCCGGUCAGUUAAUUCUGUGUGACUGUGAGCGAGGACGGGGCAUUCGGCUGUCCGGCCGAUAUAAUGGUGUUAAAUUGACAAAUACCUCGGCAAUGACCUUGGAUCCGCAGCGAUCCCGGACACGGCCCCGGAGUGUGAUCGGAUGCAGAGUGACGGGGAGGAACGGGACUGAUUAAUCUACCGGUCAUUUAAUUGUGAGUGACUGUGAGCGAGGACGGUGCAUUCGGCUGUCUGGCCGAUAUAAUGGUGUUAAAUUGACAAAUACCUCGGCGAUGACCCUGGAUCCGCAGCGAUCCCGGACACGGCCCCGGAGUGUGAUCGGAUGCAGAGUGACGGGGAGGAACGGGACUGAUUAAUCUACCGGUCACCCGUUGUCGCCGGUCAGUUAAUUGUGAGUGACUGUGAGUGAGGACGGUACAUUCGGCUGUCUGGCCGAUAUAAUGGUGUUAAAUUGACAAAUACCUCGGCAAUGACCUUGGAUCCGCAGCGAUCCCGGACACGGCCCCGGAGUGUGAUUGGAUGCAGAGUGACGGGGAGGAACGGGACUGAUUAAUCUACCGGUCACCCGUUAUCGCCGGUCAGUUAAUUGUGAGUGACUGUGAGUGAGGACGGUGCAUUCGGCUGUCUGGCCGAUAUAAUGGUGUUAAAUUGACAAAUCCCUCGGCAAUGACCCUGGAUCCGCAGCGAUCCCGGACACGGCCCCGGAGUGUGAUUGGAUGCAGAGUGACGGGGAGGAACGGGACUGAUUAAUCUACCGGUCACCCGUUGUCGCCGGUCAGUUAAUUGUGAGUGACUGUGAGCGAGGACGGGGCAUUCGGCUGUCCGGCCGAUAUAAUGGUGUUAAAUUGACAAAUACCUCGGCAAUGACCUUAGAUCCGCAGCGAUCCCGGACACGGCCCCGGAGUGUGAUUGGAUGCAGAGUGACGGGGAGGAACGGGACUGAUUAAUCUACCGGUCACCCGUUGUCGCCGGUCAGUUAAUUGUGAGUGACUGUGAGUGAGUCGGGAACAGUGUGGCACCCACUUUCUGCGCAGGCGCACCGGCUCACAAAUACCCAGGGAGUAAUUGCCAGCACCAGGAAGUUUGAAUAAACUAGUCUGGAACAGAUUUACCGACUGCGUGUUGUUGUCUCUAACUCUGUAUGUAGUACAUCGCUACAGCAGCUUAUUUACUCCCGCAAGUCAGCAGCUCACAUACUGUUUAAUUUGCAUUUAUCAUGAUGAAAUCAAUAAACCGCUGUAAAUUCCUGCCUUGGUGUCUGACUUGAGUUUGUUUGAGGUUUCUGCUGCCCCCCGCACCCUGUGCACUGUAACAGUGGGUCGGAGCUCCUCACACUGACACAGUAGUGUCUCAGCUCCAGGCUGAGGGAGGUCAGACUGGCAGAGUCUGGGUGCCCAGGAUCUCGUCUAAAAUUAACCCCGUUCAUGGCUAACUAUACCCCUCCUGUACCACGCAGACAGUUAUUAUCCUCCAGAAUAUCAGACGUGAGUCACUGAGGUCCCGAAACCAGACGGAUGGAGGGUGGAUUACCGGCGUGAAACACAGAGUGAAUCUCCCUCCACACCGUCCCAUCACACACUCCCGGGGUCAGACACAG